CUACUUCCGGUGACUGUGGCGUUGCCGUUGAUUUCACGAACACUUCGCAUUUUAGAACCUUAGUAUUUAGUAUUGAACGGUACUCAGCUAACGCAGUGGGUCACAGGUAAAGCGCCAACAUGAUCGCCAAAUUAAUUGGAGAGAAGUACAUCGCGAUCGCUAAGACGUGGAUCCCAACAUUGGCAGUGUGGGGAGGUGUUGGUGGAGUUGCGCUCGUACACUUCACAGAUUGGAGGUUGUUCCUGGACUACGUGCCCUACGUCAACGGAAAAUUCAAGAAAGACGAGUAGACCAUCUCCGCAGGUGUUGUUGAGGAGUCUGAAUGUGCCGGGCCUCUUUGGAGAACAUCACCAUUGCAGGGGGUUACCGGGACCCCCCUCUUCAGGAGAGGAGAUGGAACAGACCACCUGUCAUGACUCAUGCCACACCCAAUUGAUCAAUAUAAUAUUUAUAAAUCUGUUUUGUAUGUCUUUCUUUUGUUUGCCAGACAUCUAACUGUGCGGUUGUGAUUCUUGAGGUGGAAGUGUACUCGUGGCACGUUCCUAUUCUUCUGAUCUAUUAAAUAAUGUACAUUUCUGACCA